GCGAUUAAAACAACAACUUUUAUAAUUGUAGUGUAAUGGUUUGUGUCUGAUGUUUACCUAUAAAAACUUGAACAAAUAGGGAUUUCGAGCGCGUGGUACGGUCCUUGUGGCAGUUGUAGUCGCACGUGCUCGUUAUCUGAGUAAAGUAGCACGAUGAAAGAUUGUCGUCGAUAGUUUCGCCUAAGAUGGAGAAACAGCCGUUGCCAGCUGAUGAUGACAAAACAGAAACGUUAGAGUCGGAGGUUGAUGCCCUCACCGGUGAGGAGAGGCCGCAGUGCUCGUCGGAGCCUGCAGCGCGAGCAGGAUGGAACAGCAAAAUAGAGUAUUUUUUGGCUCAGGUGGGAUUCAGCGUCGGCCUCGGCAACGUUUGGAGGUUUCCGUAUCUGUGUCAUCAGAAUGGAGGAGGUGCUUUUCUCCUGCUGUACGUUCUCCUGCUGCUGGUCUUGGGAAUUCCUCUCUUCUUCCUGGAGCUGGCGGCCGGUCAGGCCAUUCGGCAAGGCAGCAUCGGAGUGUGGAAGUACAUCUCUCCCAAGCUUGCAGGAAUCGGUUACUCCAGCUGUGUGGUUUGUUUUUUCGUGGCUCUUUACUAUAAUGUGAUCCUCGCCUGGAGUCUCUUCUACCUUGGGAACUCCUUCCAGUACCCGUUACCAUGGGAACAGUGUCCAAAACAGGGGAACAUAACAGUGAAAGAAUGUGAAAGGAGCUCCCCCACGUCGUAUUUCUGGUUCCGGAAAGCUUUGGACACCACCGACUCAAUCGAUGAGGUGGGUUCCUUCAACACCAACAUGAUCUGCUGUCUGCUGGCGGCCUGGACCAUCGUGUGCUUGGGGAUGUUCAAAGGCAUCAAAUCCUCCGUCAAGGUGAUGUACUUCUCCUCCAUCUUUCCCUACGUGGUGCUUAUUUGUUUUCUUGUGAGAGGAUUGAUGCUGGAAGGAGCCAUGGACGGGAUCAUUUACAUGUUUUACCCUAAGCUGGAAAUCUGGGCAGACCUGCAGGUUUGGCUGCAGGCAGCCACUCAAGUUUUCUUUGCCUUGGGUCUCGGGUUUGGCUCCAUCAUUGCCUACUCCUCUUACAACCCUAAAAACAACAACUGUCACCGAGAUGCCUUCACUGUCUCUUUUAUCAACUUCCUCACGUCCGUGCUGGCCUCUCUGGUGGUGUUUGCUGUUCUCGGCUUCCAUGCUAAAGUCAAAGUCGAUGCUUGUAUUGCCGGUAACUUGAAGCAACUAUCAGAGCUUUAUCAACAUGGUUUCAUCGACCAAACUCAGAUGCCCACCUUCAACUCCUCUGAUUCCAGCCCUGUGGCUCCAGAGGUCUACAGCAGUUGGUUCAAAGAGUAUGGAAGUAAAGUCUCUGCUUAUUUAACAGACUGUGAUCUUGAGAAAGAGAUGCAAAAAGGCGUCAAAGGAACAGGUCUGGCUUUUAUUGCCUUCACAGAGGCAAUGUCCCGCCUGCCUGGCAGCCCAUUCUGGUCUGCACUCUUCUUUCUCAUGUUGCUCAAUUUGGGCCUCAGCACCAUGUUUGGCACCAUGGAGGGCAUCCUUGCUCCACUCACUGAUCGCUUCAAAACCCUGGCAAAAAACAAGACCAAACUUACCAUUUUUAGCUGCAUCAUUGGCUUUGUCAUCGGCUUGCUCUUCACCCAGCGCUGUGGGAACUACUUUGUUACCAUGUUUGACGAUUACUCCGCCACCCUGCCCCUCAUUAUUGUGGUGGUCUUUGAGUGCUUCAGUGUGUCUUGGCUUUAUGGUGCCGAUAGAUUCCUUGAUGACAUCGAGGUGAUGUUAGGCUGGCGCCCCCCAAUCAUUUACAAAUAUCUGUGGAAAUAUAUUUGCUUGUUGGCCAUGGUUGGACUGCUGGCAGUCACCACUAUCCGCACCUUCAUCAAACGGCCAACUUACACGGCGUGGAACCAGGAAACGGCCUCAAACAGUGAUCUGCCGUACCCCGACUGGGCUCUGGCUGUGCUGGCACUGCUGAUCCUAUUCGCCAUGAUGCCCGUCCCUGUGGGGUUGAUCCACUCCUUCCUGCAGGAUCGGAAAAAGCCAUCCAGAGACACAGAGGCUGGUCAGUACAGCAUCGUUAACACAGAUGAAACUCCCAUGACUGAGCUGGACUUCAGAAAUGGCGUUGCUACCUCAAUGUCCUAACAAUUGGAAAAGACGAGACCCACAGUGUGCCCUGAAGUGGACAAUAAAAAAAAACUAUUUUAUUUGACUGUGCAACACCAAUAUUUAAUAUAUUACCCUGUGUAUUAUUAGUACUGAACUGAAUCUUUAUGUAAAAGUGAAAAGGGAUUUCCUUUUUUUUCUUUAAGUUUCAGCAAAAAUCCUCUAAAAAAAUCACUUGAAAAUGGGGCAUAAAUGACAUAUUCAUGUUUAAAAACAAGUGAAAUUCACAAAAGUUGCUAUUUUUCUAUGUAAAAAUGUCUUCCAACUGACCAAAUAUUGAAUAUUUGUUACGUUAGCUUGAAAUGGGCAAAAUGUUUAAUAUUAACUGUUUUUUUAAAGUGAUCCAAUGUUGCUGUUUUUUAACAUUUGGUUCAUUCUAUGAAUGAUCAAUACACUUUGUAUUUGUCUACUGUUCUCCACUGAUUUAAAGGAUUUAAAGACUUUUUUUCAUAAACUGGAAAUGCAGUUUGUCCAAAUCCAGGGGAUUAAAUUAGAGACUGAUGGAUGACUGAUGUAAAAAAAAAACAACAGACAGGCAUGUCUAAACUGGAAUUAACACUUUAGUACAGUUUUAGUCAUCCACACUCAUUGUUCUAUCAGUGUGUUUGACUCACUAUUCUUUAAAACAACUUCUCACUGCCAAAUUUUCACCUAGUAAUUGUUUCAAACACUAUUCAACUGUGUUCACAGCCUAAAAACCAGGCCUAAAAGUUUGGUUUCAGCUUUAGUUAAGAACAAAUGCAGGUAAUCCUCGUGAUGUGUUGACUUCGUUCACCUAAACACCUGUCAGAACUUCAGCAGAUCUUUGUCAAAAGAAAUUUAUAAGUUCAGACUGAUGAGCCUUACCACUGUGAUGCCUUCAUGCUCUGUUUCCUGCUCUGUAUUUCUGACAACACUGUUUCAUCUUAGACAUCAUCAUAGUGUGGAUGUUAUUUAUUACAGCAUUCAGCAUUUUAAGGGCUUAGAAAGGAAUAGGAACAAAUUAGAGGAAUUUGUAAACUUGUAAUGCUGGAAAAUAAAAAUAGGACUUUAGCACAUGUUUGACGAUUAUUUUUCUUUAAAAUGGCUACUUUGUCAAUGGGGAGGAGCCAUUUCUCCAUAGAAAAGAUUCAGUGUAAAAAGAUGUUCUAGAAGAAGCAAUGUUUCUGAGUUUCCAUGUGCAGCAAAAGUCUGUUUUAUUUUUAUUUUCUGAAGCUGUGGCUGUUCCUGCAUAAAAUGUUAUUCCUAAGGCUCCAAACAUCUCCAAACACAGGAGCUGAACCCUAACAUUUCCACGUACAAAGAUAUAAAUGAGCUUUGUGUUAUGUCAGCUCCAGCUACAGUGCAGUGUUUCCCCGCUGAUUCGCGUUUAAACAUUCGCGGUUUUGCGUAUUUGCAGAUUUUUUUCCAGUCACGUGACUUCUCCGGUUUAUCACAAAAACUCAGACAACUCAAGACGCUUGUAGGAGACUGAGGAGGUGCUGGGGGGAGGAGGGGAGUGGAGAUGAAGACCAUGCCAGGCUGUCGGCUUCCUUGCCAAUAUUUUCUCCGGUUCCCUGAAUUCAGCGGACUCAGAAGCAGCCAGAAAAUAUACUGAUAUGCUGAGGAAGAUAAUCACUGAGAAUAACUAUCAUCCAGAGCAGGUGUUAAUAUGAAUGAAAGUGUCUCACUUAACUGAUGAAGGGGCUUCGAAGCACAGGCUCCUGGUUUUAAGGCACAGAGUGACACUCAUAAUGUGCGUUAUAAAGUACGCUACGGUAUAAACGAAUAAAAAAAAACGUUCUGUUGAGCAAUGUUCAAAUGUUCUUUAAUACAUGUUUUACAAAUCAUCAGACAUGUUUCAGGAGGGUUUAUGAUGAGUAAGGAUCGGUGACGGACAUUCUUCAGCCGCAGUGGUGGGUGGGUGGGGGUUCUCCGUAUCUGUGGAUUCUGCACAUUCGCCCGUGUCUCUAGUCCCUAACCCCCGCAAAUACAGGGGGAAUACUGUACUACCAUUUAGUGUUGAAUGAGGUAAUUACAGAUCAUUGUAAACAACAGUCAGUCAAGUAACCAGGAGGUAUAUAUGUAAAGAUGAAAUUUUAUUUUUUUGUAAAUAUGUAUGUAGUGUGUGUAAGAAGUACUUUUAUACACAUAGUAAACACUUUGUAUAUCUGUCACUUUGAACCACAAACCUGCUUUUUAUUGUUCUGUAGAAAAUUAGGAGGGUGUGUUAAGUUCCUUCAGAUAUCAGGACAGUAUCUGGCCUCUUUCAGGGUUUUCCUGUUUAUAUGGCAGCAUUGUUACACCUGAAUGAGCCAUGUGAUUUAAUCCACAGUGUUUGUUUUCCUCUGUGUCUGAGCCAAAAACAUGAGUAAAAGGUAAGUUUUGGCUCUAUUUUGCCGUCUGGUAGACUUCCCUCUGCUAAAGUUAGAAGCAGAAUAUUUUAUUAAAAAAAAUUCUUUUGAUUAUUGUUAUGCAUUUAAACAUUGAACUGUGACAAUAGUUUGCAUGAAGUAAAAAAAAAACAUUUUGGUUUAAAAAAAGUAAACUGCACCUUUAGUCUGUUUUUACAUUUGAAUAAAAGUUGGUCAUCAUCAACGGAAAAGCGAUGAAGGUUUAAAUAAAGCACUUCUUAUCAACAUUGCAGCCAAGAAAGUACAUCUGAAAAUAGCCAAGUUGUGCUAUUGUAGAAAUGUUUCUAUAUUUCCAUAAAAAAGGUUAUUCCAGAUGUUUUUUUCUUUCAUUUUCUUAAUAUCGAGUGGUUUUAUGAUCAGAUCAACAUGAAUGUUCCUGUGAUCCACGUGCCUUCAACUAAAAGUAACAAAGGUGUUUAAACCAUUUUUACAGUUUUCCAUAGUAUGUUUUUGUUAAACUAUAGUGUAUACGUUGUAUGGUUGGAUUUUAAAGACGAAUUGAUGUAUCAUUUCUGUUUUUGUUCUUAAUAAAAGAAAACUUUGAACACA